AUGGACCCUGCCGAGGUAUGGGGGGACCCGCGGUCAGCCUCCUGGCCCGACCGCAAUCUUCCGCUGUGUCCACUGCUGGCCACCAGCUCCAGCACUAGCGUAAUCACUGUGGAACGCACGGUGGAACGCAAGGUCUGUGACAGCUGCGCUCUCCUGCGCGAUGCCGUCACGUACGCGCCUUGCGUCCUGACGUCUUCAUCCAGCAUGCACACGCUGUGUGGCGUGCGCGCUGAUGUCACGUCCGGUUGGGCCGGAAGAGAAGAGCGCGGGCUGCGCGAUCUUCUGGCCUCACCUGCGCCAUUGCCACAGCCACCAUCUUGGGCCCGGACACUUUCAGCAGCCGGACUCCGUCGCCUCCUGGGGACCGAUGACCGCUCCAAGUGCGCGGCCAAGGCGCCACUACGUCUCCUCUCACGCUGCGGGACCAGGCUCAGGGAAAGGCGUGACGGAGGCCUUGAUCUCCUGGCCCUCCAUCCGCAAGAUGCCACAGGCUGA